AUGCUUUUUCAUGUCCUUUUUCUGUGUGGUGUUCUUCAUCCUAUAUUGCAUUAUUACAGUGUUUUCGGUAAAAGAGAAAUACUACAACGUUAUGUAAUAGAGGAAGGAGCGAAACCUCCAAUCUUCGGUUCGUAUAGUUACGACCCAGUGAAGCAAGUAUUUAUUCCGCCAGCCUCAGAAGACGACCACGAGAAUCAGCACCCAGAACCCCAACCAGUGCCCCCACCCGUGGUCCAAACGAAACCAGGAAAAACGACAAAUUCAAAUUGUCUCAACAACACUGGUCGUCCUAUAUUUAGGAAACAUGUGACUGACAUAACGGAGUUUGCAGUCUCGGAGACUGUGCCCGAGAACGGGACAGAGACAGUGACAGUGACUGUGAGCGAGACCCCUGGAUUCCCCAUUACAAACUGGUGGGAUAAACCUAACGCACCCAAAAGUACUACUCCGAAAAAUAUAACAUCAAAUGUAAUAAAUACGAAAUAG